CCAUACUGUGAAAACAAUUCAUCAAGUGACUUAAUGAUAGCACACUGAGAAAAACGUUUAAGUUGUAUUAAAUGAACCUUUGCACACCAUUGGCUAUAUAAAAAGCAUUUGAUCAGAUUUUUGUUCAUAUUCCAAGAAUCAAAAUGCGUUUGACAAUCUUAUGUAUUUUUUGCCUGGCAACUGUGAUCCUGGCUAUCGACAUGGACUCGGAUUCACUACAGGAACAGUACGAAAGGGAGCAGUACAAUAUUCGCAAAAAAAUUUGCCUUCAAAGUUCGGAAUACGGAAAGUGCAAAGGUCGUCGGAAACUUUGGUUCUACAACCCCAAGAAAUCCAAGUGUCAAGUUUUUAUCUACUCGAAUUGUGGUGGCAAUGGCAACCUUUUCUAUACCAAGGAAAGUUGCGUGGAAUUUUGUGGCAAAUACGACUGGAAGAAGGUGCGAAAGACAGGACUUCGACGUUCAGCUGAUUAUAGAAGAAAAGAUGGGAAUUAAUUGAAUAUAUAUACUUGAAUUUAACAAUUAAAUAUACAUUGUUUAAAGGAAAUUACUAGUUCAC